GUGACUUAGUAUUCAAGAUGGCGACUCAUCCUGAGGGUACAAAUUCGGAAUGUGAAAUUUUAAAUGGAAAUUUAGUCUCUAAAGUAAGUUCGCAGAACCAAGAAGAGGCCCGAAAAUAUAAGGAAGAGGCGAAUGAAUACUUUAAAAAGCAGGAAUUCACCACUGCCAUCGACCUAUAUUCAAAAGCCAUUGAAUUAGAUCCGAACAAUGCGGUUUACUACGGCAAUAGGAGCUUUGCCUACCUCAAGACAGAGUGCUUUGGCUAUGCACUCUCUGAUGCUUCGAAAGCAAUUGAACUGGACAAAACCUACGUCAAGGGCUACUACAGAAGAGCUGCAGCGCACAUGUCAUUGGGGAAAUUCAAACUGGCUCUCAAAGACUUUGAGGCUGUAACAAAGGCAAGACCAAACGACAAGGAUGCUGCCGCUAAGUACAAUGAAUGCAGCAAGAUUGCCCGGAGGCUGGCCUUUGAGAAAGCCAUCGCUGUUGACGACUCCAAGAAAUCUGUUGCUGACAGUAUUGACAUCGACUCAAUGUGCAUAGAUGACGACUAUGUCGGUCCUGAACUGAAGGACGGCAAAGUGACAGUAGAAUUCAUGAAACAUCUUCUGGAGACAUACAAGGCUGGCAAAAAGCUCCACAGGAAAUAUGCAUAUAAGAUACUCAUUGAUGCCAAUGCAGUCUUCCAGUCGUUGCCAACUCUUGAUGACAUAGAUGUUCCCAGUGACUCCAAGUUCACUGUGUGCGGGGACAUUCAUGGUCAGUUUUAUGACCUCAUGAAUAUCUUUGAGCUCAAUGGCUUACCAUCAGAGACAAAUCCUUAUCUUUUCAAUGGAGACUUUGUGGAUAGAGGCUCUUUCUCCGUAGAGUGCAUUUUCACGUUGUUAGGCUUCAAGCUAUUGUAUCCAAAGCAUUUCUACAUGUCGAGAGGCAACCAUGAAAGUCAGACCAUGAAUCAGAUGUACGGUUUCGAAGGGGAAGUGAAAGCAAAAUACACACCAAAGAUGGCGGAAUUAUUUACGGAAGUGUUCAACUGGCUUCCUCUUGCUCAUCUCAUCAAUAAAAAAGUUUUGGUUAUGCAUGGUGGUCUCUUCUCAGAUGAUAAGGUCACCCUCGAUGACAUUCGGAAGACUGACAGGAACAGGCAGCCACCUGAAGAAGGGAUCAUGUGCGAGCUUCUAUGGUCAGACCCGCAGCCUCAAAAUGGCAGAUCACCGAGCAAGCGCGGUGUCGGUGUUCACUUUGGCCCUGACGUCACACAGCGCUUUUUAGAGAACAAUAACCUGGAUUACAUCAUUCGUAGUCACGAAGUAAAAGCUGAGGGAUACGAAGUUGCCCAUGGCGGACGGUGCAUCACGGUCUUCUCUGCACCAAACUAUUGUGAUACAAUGGGAAACAAAGGAGCGUUCAUCACAAUGACUGGAGCCGAUCUCACACCGAAGUUCACCACGUACGAAGCCGUUCCGCAUCCCAACAUCAAGCCCAUGGCAUAUGCUAGCAGCCUCCUAGCACUCUGAUGCAUACAAGUACACCAUAGUGGCAGUGCAGUUCUGGCAGAGACAUAUUGUUUUCCCUUCACCAGUGUAGCAAUUUUUCCAAUGUACAGUAGGUCUACAGCAUCAUUCACUUGCACCAUACAGAAAGACGUGACUGCCUUUCAGCAGAGUAAUCUUCCAACAUCACCUAGUGUGUACCACCAUUCUUUUUGUCCCUGGACCACAUACUUACAAGAGGACCACUGCAUCUCCCCAGUGGAAAAGAAUCGGAAUGGUGGCUGUGUGUUGGCAAAUAUCUUCAAGAACAGUUGUCAUUUUAAAUAUUUCUUUUUUUUUUCUAUGUUUGCCACUUUUUCACUGAUGCGACAGUUAUUCACAUUGUCCAAGUCAUACAUGGAAGUUGAUCUGUGAAUCUUGUCAACAUGUUUUUGAGUUUGAGAGUUUAUUAAAUCUUUAUUUUCAAAGCUUCUUCCAUCGUCCACAACUGUAACGGACAUUUUACCAUGGGGACUGUAUUUUACCUGUCUUGCUGACACCAACUCUGCUUAUGGAAUAUCGAGGAGCUUCCUUCCCAUUUCUUUUCCUUUGUUUCUCUCAUUUACAUCGCAAUAUACAUGUAGAGCUGGAAAGGCUACCACAGGCAUUGUCGACGUUGCUCAUUCAGAACUCGACGUCUGUAUGAAGUAGGAUCACACGCAAAGCAGUACUGUUGUAUAAACGUAGGCAAUGAUGUGCUUGCAUAGUUCUACCUUGCUGGUAACACUGUUGGCCAAUCCUCGAUAAAAUGAAUGUGAAUAUUUGAGCUGGUAUUAUUUUUGUACAUUAAAGGAAGCUGCACAUGCAGUUGAUGCGUGCAUUUGUAUAAUGCUCCUCUGGAUAAAAGCUUUGGAGUUCUGAAGGAUUUUGUAGUAUCAUUCUUGCGAUACCAAAAAUAAACUGUUCAUACAUGCUU